GCUCGCUAGUCGGCGCAACACAAGCGACCUCGCCCAGUCUCGUUCUUGCCGCUCCACCCCCCACCCCACCCCUCCCCUCGGAUCGCCUGCGCCGCCGCCGCCGCCUCCCUCCUCGACCUCGGAUAGUCCGCGUGACGUCCCCGCCGCCCUCCUGUCCCCUCCGCGCAAUCAGUGCUGUGCGUGUGGGGGGACUCGGGUUCGUGCGGUUCUGCUUCUGCUCCCGGGCCUCGUCACCUAGGGUUCGGAGAUGAGCGAUCGCAAGGCCGUAUUCCGGUCCCUUCAGGAGCUAUUCCCUCAGGUUGAUCCUCGUAUACUGAAGGCUGUUGCCAUUGAGCAUGACAAUGAUGUUGAUUCUGCAGUAGUGGCAGUCCUUGAUGAAGUUAUGCCAUCUGUUACAUCUACAGGUCCACCUGCAGCUUUGUCUGCUCGUCAAUCAAUUGCACCAUGUUCUAUUGGAACUUCGUCCUCUUUUCAUGAUAUGUAUGGCACAGGGGAUUCAUCCUCUAUUUGUCAUGGUAUGCAGGUUGAAGUUGAUGAAAAUGCCCAUUCUACACAAUCUUCUACGGGGAUCAUAGCUGACAGGCAAAAGAAUGUGGUGGAUGAGGCGGACGCAGAAACACAUUCUUCAAACACAUGGAUGAAUGAACAACAUCACUUGCCUAUCCUUACUGUUCCAGAACUUCUUGAUAAUCCUCAUGUUGAACAUGGCGCAUACUUGUUAAGGGAAUAUCUAGAUGCAAUACAUGCUGGAGAAAGUGAAAAUGCAAAUGCUACCACAGAACCUGAUGUUGCACAUGUCCAAGAGCAAGAUUCUGACAACACAAGCCCAGCUGAUGGUUCCACUAUAAAGGAUAAUUCAUUUUCUUCACCUCAUGAUUACGUGGACAUAGAUGGUGCAAAUUAUGCCUUCUUGGAGUCUUUUGCUGGUGUUUCCAACAAAGAAGUUCCAUUUGGUAUCCCUGGAACACAUGGUUUUGCACCUAUGCUGGACAUUCUAAUUCCAGACACUAGAAAAUCCUCUGAGGGGCUGGGUGGAGAGGAGGACACCAACAGCACUGGCAAAGCUGAUGUUAAUUUAAAUCACCUUGCAUCCAUUUCUUCAACUCAUUCUGUUGGUAUUGAAUCUCUUGAGGAUUCCAUUGCUGAUGUCAAAAGAAGUAAGAAUGAUCUUUUACCUUCUCUAGAGUUGGUCUCUAAGAUGAUACAGGAUGUAGAAAUUCUUGAAGAAAAGGCUAAGCUAGCCAAACAUGAAUCAUCUAUUGCUGGGACAAGCAUCCUCACCAAAGUGGAGGAGCUGAAGGAAAUGUUAAAUCAUGCAAAGGAAGCAAAUGACAUGCAUGCUUCUGAGGUUUUUGGUGAGAAAUCUAUUUUAACCACAGAGGCACGGGAGCUGCAAUCUCGACUUCGGAGGCUGUCAGAUGAGAGGAGUAACUAUCUAGUGGUAAUUGAUGAGAUACAUCAAAGUCUCGAGGACAGAUUGGUUGCUGCACAGCAAGAAAUUAAUGUAGCGGAGAAGGAGAAGAUUCAAAAGGAAGCUUCUGCUCAGGCACUUCUUGAUGAGCAAGAAAAGGAGAUGAAAUCUAUUGUCGAAGAAUCAAGCAAACUGCAGAAAGAAACGGAGGAGAAUUUAAAGCUGAAGGCUUUCUUGGUUGAGCGUGGUCAGAUAGUUGAUACAUUGCAAGGUGAGAUGGCUGUGAUCUGCGAGGAUUUGUCCCAACUCAAGCAAAUAGUGGAUGAGCGCGUAUCAUUCUGCAAGUUACAGCGGUCAAAAAUGUCAAGCCUCUCUUCACUGCAAUCUUCACUUCACAAGAGUGGAAGUUUUUCAAAUAGAGCUAUUGAAACAGCUGAGACUACAGAUAAACAUACAGUGGCUGAAGGUGCUAGUCCAGUUGUUGGUGACCCCAAUGGCAAUGAGAGAAUCGUGGAAGUGUUAGAUGGCAGUGGCAUAACUGGCAAAGACAACAGGAAACCGACGGAAACCAACGACGAUGGCUGGGAAUUUUGCUGACCUGAACGUGAUUCUAGAGUGAAAGGGUUAAAUCAUAAGCAGCAGACCAGAGGUGAUAACGGUACAAAAGCUACACUUGUUUUAUGUUAAAUCAUUAGUGGACUAAAUAUCAACUCUAGUAUUAAUUUUUAAAAUUGCAACAGUUCAGAUGGGUUUCAAAUGCUGACGAAUAUGUGAUGUAUAUAUAUAUGGAUAUAUGGACCGACCAGCCGGCUUACAUAAGUAAUAAUUUAGUUGGUACAAUUUGGAUGCCUCUAUUGUGGACGAAA